GUAGUCAGUGUCCAGAGUAAUACAAUUGUCUUAUACAUUUUGUGAUAAUGCAAAUAUGGUGGUAUCUCAGGGAUCCAUAACAGUACCGUGUAAAAUGUCACACACACCCCUCAAGUCUUUCACCAUAAACUCUAUAUUACCCGAAACACUUCUUGAUAUGCGUACUGGCAGGUCAAAACCGGAAGACGACUGUUUUAUGAAGGAAGAAACUGUAUCUGAUACUGAAGUGAGUGAUUGUGAAUCAGAUCUAGACGUCACAGCUACAACACCACCGUUGGAUUGUUCAAACAAGUGUGGUGAAGGCGACGAAUGUGAAAAAGAAGAGAAAAUACCCAAUGAAAAACCACGCUAUAGCUACAAUGCUCUCAUCAUAAUGGCAAUCAGAAAUAGUCCAGAAAAACGAUUGACCCUGAACGGAAUCUACGAAUACAUAAUGAAAAAUUUUCCUUACUACAAAGAAAAUAAACAAGGUUGGCAAAAUUCUAUAAGACACAAUCUGAGUUUGAAUAAAUGCUUCGUUAAAGUACCUCGACAUUAUGAUGACCCAGGAAAAGGAAAUUAUUGGAUGUUGGAUCCCUCCGCUGAGGACGUAUUCAUUGGAGGUACCACAGGAAAACUGAGACGAAGAUCUACAGCAGCAUCAAGAUCUAGAUUAGCGGCAUUCAAGAGAACUCUAUCUCUUUACUCCCCUUUACCGUCCUAUUAUCCACCAUUUUACCCGCCCUCUACAAAUCUUAUUGCCGCAGCAUAUUCUAGAUUCAAUCCCUAUCUACAUACCCCGAGUAGUCCCAGUGCUCUUCUUAGACCAACACCCAUUCAAAUUCAACCGCAUAACUUUGCUGUUGACAAAAAUUUAAUAGCAGGCCCUACUAUAGACAUAACAAGUAAUCCAUUUUUGAGACCUCCGCACUCAUUAUUCGAAAUUUACAAUAAUUUCAGACUUGCAACACCAUCACAAUAUCCUCUUCAAUUACCAAUUCCAAGUUUAUCAACAAAUAGAUCUACUAUACCUUCUGCAAGUUGCUCGAGUUCACCCGAUUCAAGGUCUCACCCCGAAGGACUGUUGAAACCGGUUACGGUAAUAACAAGGAACAAUUAGUGAUUACCGGGUUCAUGUUGAAUGUAUAUAUUAUAUUUGUGUAUAAAUUGUUUUUUGUAAAAAUGAUAAGUUUGUGUAUAUUCGU